AUGCACACACGACACCUCCUUCGGCACAUUCCACGGGGCGGGAAAACAUUUGUUCGACCUCUAGCAGCCUCUAGCAGCUCCCGUAAACGGGCAUCUCGUAUUGAGAUAGUCAAUCCGGAGUUAUGUGACUUGACCCUCACCCGUCUUCGGGACACGCUCCCCGAGCCUGGCACCUGCGACCUCAUCGACAUAAACCCGGGGAAAGGCCUAUGGUCACAGAAGCUGCACGAUCUGUUACGACCUCGACGCCAUGUUCUCGUCGAACCCAACUAUGGGAACUAUGCGGCCUCCCUCGAACCUCUCUUGACCGAGAACGACUCGACGUACCGACACGCGGCCGUCCUUGAAGAUGCGUUUAAUCCGGACAACAAGCUCAUGUCUGAGUAUCCUGUCGACAAGGCUCUCCAACCCAACCAUUCCCUGUUGAUGACCGUCAACCUUUCUGGUGCACAGUUCAAAACAAAUCUGUACAAGGGUUCUCCCGCACGGAAGUUUUUCUCCGACCUCUAUAUGUCGCUGUGGAGGAUACGGACCGACAUUCAUCGUUACGGCUUGAUUCGCGUAUUGGCAUGGGUUCCGGACGAAGAGAAGGACGCCUACAUCCCGCGCACUGUGGGAGUCCGGCGUGCACAGGCUGUCAUGCUGGAAGCAAGUCACAAGAUUCAAGAGCUCGUUGGCGGGCCUGCGAACGACAGACCUACCUUCUUCCAGAAAUGGCGUGAAAUGGAGGUCCAAGAUCGAGCUCGUGUCAAAGCCAUGGAGGAAGCAGCCGGCCUGCAAAUCCCAGAGCACAGAAGAGACGAAAUUUCGCCGACGUAUCUCUUGGGCGUGUUUCCCAGCCCGGAAAACAUCCGAAGAGGAGGCUUCGUCUCCGAUGCGGCAUGGGUCGCCCGCUUCUUGGAGCUGGACGAUCACUUGCGAGAAGUGCAUCCGGAAUGGUACAAGAGGGCCUCUAUUGAACACCUUCGGAAACUUGGGAUUGUCAAUCCCGAGCAACAGGAGUGGCAGAGCUUGCUCAAGGUCGCGCUGACCCAGCACAAGACUCACAUGAGAGCCGUCGAACUCGUCAAAGAACAAAGACGUGUCGAUCAAGAUUUGCGGAAUCUCGCAGCACAAGCUAACUACUCACAACAUUCGCAACCAUCCGAGAAGGAGGCCGAACUCCGCAGACAUUGCGAGAGUCUGAAGUUUCGCAUCUCGAUACUGAGCAGAACGAACAGGCUGUUCGCGGAGAAGGCCAUCGACGACUAUCGAGCCCUGGACUUGGACCCUCCGGUCAUGUCGUGGAACCAGCGCGUAGCUGAACCUAUUCUCGUCCACGAUGACGAUUUCCUGCCCAAGACGAAGAACCUGGCCCUGCUGGACGUCACGCCCAGGGUCGACUUUCUUCAAAAGAUCAGCACCCAUGACACCAUGGUCUACUUUGGCUACGUGCAAAGGAAUCUCUGGCUCAGCUGGUCUCGAACCGUUUACGACGCCUUGAAAACCCUUGUUCACGCCGGGGUGGAUGACUUCAUUGAGACAAUCCAGGGUAUCCAUGAUCCAACCAAGGGUGGACAUUACGACCUCUCCGCUAUCAGGGUGCGUUCUCUUCCCGUAGAGUUGGUGGUCGAGAUUGCUCUGGCGUACGAACGCUGGCCGUUCCGCCGAGAUUUGGUUGAUAUCUUGAUGUCGGGCGAGGAUCCGCAGGCGGCGUACAGUCUCUCCGACGAUGACUGA